AUGCACGCCAUUCAUCCUCAACCUCGCCAGGAGCCCGCAUGGUCGUACCAGAUCCACAGUGCGUCGCCGCACGGCUCGCUUGCGGUCAUGGGUGUGAACAUGUUCAUGUUCGCGCUUGUGAUCGUCUUCGUGGAAGCGCAGGGGGCUUGUGCAGCUGCUUGGGUGCAAGCGGACGGCCUGACGAACGGAAACGUCUUCUUCGUGUCCUCGACCGACGCCGGCAAGGACCAGCUCGCGUACGUCAACGACGCCGGGGACACCAUCAUGAUGGUCGACAACUCAUCCACCGUCACCGUCGGCCAGAACUGCAACUCCAUCAACACGUCCGAGGGCAUGAACCAGGUGGCGAUGAACCAGAUGGUGCUGCACACUGGCGACGGGUGCACGCACUCGGCGAACGCGCUCCAGACGGACACGCUCGUCAACUCGACCGACUGCUCGAAGGCCGCGAACGAGAAUGAGGGGUGCAUGGUCACGACGCCGACGAAGAGCUUGUACGGCGUGGGCUUAGCGGCGGACGGCGGAGGCGUGUUCAUAACCGAGUUCGCAAAUGAGGGUAUCUCGAUAUGGUUCUUCAACCGCUCCUCGGUGCCGACCGUGCUGCAGAGCAACGCGUCCACCAUCAACCUCUCUGACCUCGGCACACCCACCUCUGUCUCCGCGGCGGGCACUGCAUCGACAAGCUGCGCCUCUCGCAGUCGUCCGCGUCAUCCCUCGCCCUCAACUUGA